GACUGCAGGAAGUGGAUCUUCAACAAACUGAAGUGACUUAGAGCAUGUGAACUGGACGCAGAUAAGUGAACACUGGCUUAUUACAAAACACACAAGACAAUCGACAUGGUAUGGCUGCUCACUGACUGCUAACAAGGGAUCUACCCAGGGGAGAGUGAAGUAACAAUAUGGCUAAAGAGAUGAGAGGUCAAUAUGAACCGGUUGCAGAGAUUGGCGUCGGAGCCUAUGGUACUGUGUACAAGGCACGGGAUCUUCAGAGUGGGAAGUUUGUGGCUCUUAAGAAUGUCCGGGUGCAGACCAAUGAAAAUGGACUUCCUCUAUCUACAGUGAGGGAAGUUGCUUUACUGAAACGCCUUGAGCACUUUGACCAUCCAAACAUUGUAAAGUUAAUGGAUGUCUGUGCCUCUGCCCGGACAGACCGCGAGACAAAAGUAACUCUUGUUUUUGAACAUGUGGAUCAGGACUUAAAGACUUACUUGAAGAAAGUUCCUUCUCCUGGCCUGCCUCUGGAUACAAUUAAGGACCUAAUGAAGCAAUUUCUCUGCGGCUUGGAAUUUCUUCACUUGAACUGUAUUGUGCACCGUGACCUGAAGCCAGAGAACAUACUGGUGACGAGUGCAGGGCAGGUCAAACUGGCCGACUUUGGCCUGGCAAGGAUUUACAGCUGCCAGAUGGCUCUCACACCCGUGGUGGUGACUCUGUGGUACCGUGCCCCAGAAGUGCUGCUUCAGUCAACCUAUGCCACUCCAGUAGACAUAUGGAGCGUGGGUUGCAUAUUUGCUGAGAUGUACAGAAGAAAGCCUCUCUUUUGUGGAAAUUCAGAGGCUGAUCAGUUAUGCAAGAUCUUUGACUUGAUUGGGCUUCCAUCUGAGGAAGAGUGGCCAGUGGAUGUAACGUUGUCACGCAUUGCCUUCUCAGCAAGGAAUCCUCAGCCAGUGGAGGACUUUGUGCCAGAGAUUGAUGCCAUAGGUGCUAAACUAUUGCUGGAAAUGCUGACUUUCAGUCCUGAGAGACGAAUAUCUGCCUCCCAAGCUCUACAUCAUCUCUUUUUUACAGACACCACGGAGGCCUGUUCCAAACAAGAAUCCUAUUCUCACACCCAAACCCCAGCAGAUGAGGUGUAAGGUAACCACAGUUGUCAAAAAGUGGAUUACACCUGGACAUUAAAAACUCUGCUUUCCAUUUUAAUCAAAAAUUGAAUUAAGACGAGAGAAGAGGACAUCUCUUCUCUAUUCGCAUCUCCUUGUGGACUAAAUUCCGUCAGCCAAUGAGGAAGCCAGUCUUGUUCUCAUGAGCUACGCAAGAAUCACUGCCAUUGAGCUUACCACUGCCUUCAAAAUAAUUACUGAACAUCGUGUAUUGAGUUACUUGCUUUUGUACCAUGAAAAAAAAAUAUAUAUAUAUAUAUUCUAAGUUCUUUUGAACAUUUCUACCCGGACUAUACUGUGACUGACUGGAUGGGAGAAUGCGAGAUGUGAAUAUGUCCCACAUGAUGGUUGGUACUGGACCAGUUAAUUAUCAGAACUUAAGUAUCUUUUGCCGGAUCAGCUAGUUUUGGAUGCAAAAGCUGCAGUCUGAUGGAUUAACAGCCUUUUAGUCUUGCGUGCCAAAUGUCUAUCUGCAUUUUUUCAUAAUAAUUUUUUUAAAUAGUGUUUCUGACCAGAACAUUUGGACUUUUAUCUAAAACUGGUCCCUAGCUAUAUUGUCACGACACUACACCCAUCUGUUAAAAAAGUUACAUGAACGUGAUAAAAAAAAUCUUUUAAGUUACUAGAAAAUACAAAUUGCACAAUUCCCAGUUUGAAAAAAAAUACAUUUGUGUGCUGGGGAAAUAUAUGGUCAAUAUUUGUUAUGCAUUUCAUCAUGUCGUCUUAUCACCUGAAAGUUUCAGGGUUUUUUUUUCGUUCUAGGCAUGGUUGUUCUCUAAAGGACCUAAGAUGAUGCAUAACAUUUAUGGAGUUAGUAGCAUAUUAUGGGGUCUUGAGCAUCAUAAAGAUGAAUCGUAUUGAACUCUUUCUAUAGAGCUGUUCAGACUGCAGAAUACUUUUCUAUAUUCUCUGUUUCGUAUGCUUUAUUAUUAUUAAAAAGAAAUGUAAUGUCA